GGCUGCCCCUCGCACACGCUUCACCAUCGUGAGGUCCCUACGAAUUGUGGGCCUGGAGCUGCCAACUAGAUCUAUACCCUCGCAGUUUGGUGGUUUUUAUCCAUUAAGCACGGGGAGUGAGGAUAUUAGCAGAUCUAUAGCUUACCGAGUGUGUUGUUCUCUUGACAAAGGAUAGGUUUCGAUCUAAAUGGGGUUUCAUUGAAAGUAAAGUUACAUAAUGUUUAAUUGUUACAUAUUCGGGGCACCAAUUCUCUGACAGCAACUUUUAUAGCCAACUGUUGUGAUUUCCGUUCCACCCUUUUUGUUGGACUGCUGUGAAUGAAAAUAUUGUUGGAUGAAGUGACUCCACAAAUUUGACUCUCAUAUGAGGACAACAGGAGAUCUUCUAUUCUGUCGUCAGGUACAAUCGCAGCGGGGUUGUAGUGCACGCUGAAACCGCCAGAAAGCGACCCGACCCGAUGACCCGACCCGACCCGACCCGACCCGAUCAGCAUUCGCUAGUGGGCACCCCCUAUAACGUUACUCCGAAGGGCUGCUGCUGCUGCUGCUCCACCUUCUGCUGAUACCAGUCUGCACACACCAAAUCCUCAUUUAUGUGUACUAAGCCCUAUUGUCCAGCAUGCCUUCAUGAGCCUUCUGGAUACUUCUGCUGUUGCUGCUCCCAGUCCUGCUCCUGCUGCUUCUGAAUGUCUUCUACUCCAAGAUCUGCAUCUCCGGUGGUGGCAUCUCCUGGGCACUCUUUAUAAUAAUAUGUUAUAACAUUGCACGCCGACUUACUCGGCGACGAGUCUGCAAGAUGGUCAGCAUGGUCAGCGAGUUUGUCGGGUGCUGACACAGCAUGAACCUGCUUUCAUGGCCAAGCUCCCCGAGCAACCUGAAGGACGAGGCGGGCCAAUACUUGGGGCUUGUGAAUAAGUCGUGAUUCUCGUAGCUCGUAUCCAGGGAAUGCCGUUCAUUUCCUGUAGAUCUACGCAAGUUUGAUAGUUAUACAACUAAAUCGCACAGACUGCAGCAGUGGCAGUUCAUUUAGAGGUCACCGGAGAAAGAAACCUGAACCCCCAUGGCUCUUCCGCGGGAGCUGGCUCGAAACUGAUGGCUUCACCGAAAAUUAUUUCCUAUGUGGACGAAAAAUACUAAUUACUAAAGGGAAAGGAGAUAUAAACUGGAUUGUUUAAUUCUCCAGAGUACACCUUACACGACUUUUUCCAAGUAAUUUUAUAUUAAUAUUGAUUGGUAGUGUUACGCGUUGCAUAGCACAUAAGAAAUCACCACGACUAUUAUGGAGCCUAGUGAAAUCCUGAAUGCAUAAAUUGGGUUAGUUGUUUUUUUGUUGUUGACUGAUCGACUUGUAAUAUGCUUAUAUGUGUUCUGUGCUUUUAAUUGACCUUUCCACGAGCGACGUUUUGUUAUCGUAUUUUACUUGAUUGUACGAGAGAGCAAAUUACUGUUAGGUCUUCAGUGAAGUCUUCCCCUCUGUCAAAACCACCACCAUUGACACCAUGGGCUGUCCCUGGAGUAAACAGCACAAAACACAUUCUAGGAAUGAGCAAACCCAAGUGCCACUCGUUAAUGGAAGUACGGGGCAUAACUGUCCCUAUUAUAUGACAGAAAAUGGUCUAGCUGCGAGUCAUUCCAUGCAAAAAGACAUUGACCCCAGAUUACCUUUUAACAAGCAACAGAUAUUCAAGCUACUGCAGUCAUGGAGAGGUAUCAAGAGGAAUAUGAGUGAGGCUGGAGUUGAAAUGUUUGCACAGCUUUUCAAGACGAGCUCACACCUUCAGACCAUGUUCCAGGGGUUCAAGGACAUCCGGUCAGAUGACGAGCUACGGUCUAACGAGGCUCUUGAAUAUCAUGCAACGUUAGUUAUGACCACCCUCGAUGAUGCCAUCACACACAUCGACAAUUAUGACUUUGUGAAGCAGCUUCUGAGCAAGACUGGGGCCUCACAUGUCAAGUUUGCUGGUUUCAAAUCGACGAAUUUUUUGGCUAUCAAGGAGCCAUUCUUGGAAGCAGUCAGAGUAACCCUUGGAGAUCGGUAUACAGAAAACAUGCAGAACAUCUAUACGAUUGCCAUCAUUUUCAUCCUGGAAACUCUCAAGCAGGGCAUGGAAGAAGCCUUAGAAAAGGCCGGCUCCUCAGAGGUAGCGCAGGGCAACAUCAGAGUGUGACAGAAAGUAAGAUGAUAGAUCUUCAGCGUAUACUCUCCAACCGUCUGGGCCUCGACAGACGGGCCCGUACAGCACGCUGGAAUCACAGUGAUUUGAAUUCGGGUUCUUUCUGUUUUUGUUGUAAUAAGACAAUUCCUCAACUGCCUUGAUUCGUUUUAAGCUGAUUUGUACAUUCAAUCUAUUUGAAAUAAUCUAAGCGUUGACUUGUAGAAAUGUCAGAGACGUCUACUAGAUUUUUAUUGUUUUUGUAAAUGUUUUAAAGAAAAGAGAUGGUGCCGGUUGGUUUUCCAAAUUAUCUCCCAUCUUCAUAAAGUAGGCUACGAUAUCGCUUGAGGCCUAGUUAAACAGAGAACUUAUUGAAUGGACGAAAAAGUAUUCCCAAGGGGCUCAUGCAAAGGACUUCUGUUGCGGAUUACAUAACACGUUCCACACUUAGGUAAAGAUGACAUCAGGAAAAGGAAAGAAAAACAACUUGAUUUCGGAAAUUCAAUUGGUCUUGAUGCUCAUGUCCUGUGUUGGCAACUGCAAACUGCAACACAAAAAAAAGAUAUCGAUAGCGAUUGCAGAACCCAUAUACAGACAGAAAGGUACGAUUAACUGGUUCCACAAGAGUCCAUUUUAUUGUUUCCGCAAAGUAAUGCUUUCUGGCAAGAUCAUGACGUUGUAGUAGUAUGGUUUCUUUCUCUUUUUAAAAAUUUUUUACUUUGACUACGGUGUACAAGAAAAUUUGCUAACACUACAGUUAUUAUAAUAAAAAGAAUGCAUGACUGAAAUACGUUAACAAAUUAAUCAAAAUCACCUUUUCAAAUUCGUUUUGUUAAUUCACAAAGUGCCGGGUAUGGCCCAUCAUCAACUUGUUUUUAUGUAUUGUCCUUCAACCUUUUUUCAAUGCAAGGUCCCCGCUUACGCCGUGCCGGCCAUUUCCGUGCCGGCCAUUGCCGUGUUUGUAGCGCCGUAAAACAUCUACCAUACCGAACCAAGGUCCUUAUGCUGGGAAUACUAAGGAGAGUGCCCCUGUGAAACUCUCUAGAUUAUUUUCUUUAAAUUAGGGGAAGGGGGGGGGGCUCUCUAAUUUCUCCGGAUUGGUCCAAAGCAUGGAAAUUACUACGCAAUUAGGCUUAGUGCAGUUCGAAUAAAAGCUAGUUUGUCCGGUGUCCCGAUAAAUGUAUAAGCAAUAAGGGAGGGAUUUAUAAUAUAGACCCAAAAUGUCUCGUAAACGGAGUGGUAGGCAAUAGUGGCCCUUGAUACGUAUAUGGGACGAAGGGGACGUUAAAUUUACUGUUACCCUCGUGCAUUAUCUAAGCAUAAUAGGAUGUUCAGCGGCAGUAAUCUGACCAUGCCUUUUGCCAUAUUGGUGGUACAUUAAUAUUAGGCCAAUACGAUGACAAAUCUCAAAAGUGCGCUUGCUAAAAUGUCGCCAAGAGUAGGUAGUAGAAAACUAAACACCAUUCUCUGCUUAUGCUGUUCACGAAAACCCAGGACAAGGAUAAUUAAUAUUAUGGCUGAGGGUGCAUAAUUCCAAGACCAUAUUAUUUUAUGUGCUCUGGGGAUUAAUGUUCAAAUGAAUUGUGAUUGGUUCUUUACCUGCCAUUUUUUUUAUGCCUUGAACCGCCUUUGUAACCCUUAGUUUGAGCGAGGUCAAUGUGACAUAAUUAUAUUACCCCAUUUAAAGGUUGGUAGAUGUGAAGGUGUUCUUACUUGAGUGUUCAGUUCCAGUAGAGAAUGGAGUAGAAGAAUAAAGUCCUUACCAAGCGAAAGAUAUUAAAAUUAAAGAGCAUUUCAUUUAAUUUACCCUUGACUUUCUUGAACCUACGAUAGCAUGCUAACUUUUUAGCCCCACCAUCUGCCCCUGCUUCAAACUGCUUUUGGCCUCCAGAGACUGCUCACAAGGCUUGUGAACUUUUGUUGUACUUUUUUAUUAACUCAAAAUAACGAAAAAUGCUUCAUAGGGUAGACAAUGCUGUGACAGAAUUUUAGUUUCAGAAAAUGACUCAGCCUGUCAAAAUGAUUUGGGAACUUAAAAAUAUAGGGAAUUUGUCGAUCUUUGAUCUUUUCCUAAGCAAGGGAUAAUGGAUAGAAAAGGGGAGGAGGAGAAACAAUGGCAGCAAAUCAAGUCGUAACAGCAAUAUUGGUAGUAGCAACCGUGGCACUAAUAUUAGUCAGAGCAUCAGUUGUCCACAGCUAGGUAAAGAAGAAGAAUCAGCAGCAGCAGCAGCAGCAGCAGCAGUAGUAGUUUUUAUUGUUAUAGUAGUAGUAGUAAUAGUAGUAAGAGGAAGAGGAGGAAGUAGAAGAGGAGGUGGGGAGGAAACAGUAGAAGCAGUGGCAAUAGUUGUAGCAUGGGAUUUGUGACAGGGCCUUGUCCAAAGCGUUUCUCCUAGCUGGAAAUGGGAGUGUUGGUGUUUGAAUUACAUCUCAUGAAGUUGGAUUAGGAAGUCAACUCAUCACCAUUUGACUUUCGGUUUGUUUUCAUGUAAAGUUAUGUAUUUCAUUUAAGAUAUUAUUAUCUACCUAUAGUUGGGUCAAAUUGUGUAAUACCGGGUGUCUAAAAAAGGAGCAACCAUGUAAAGGGUAUUACCUCUGUCAUUUUUGGACUAAUUUCAACAAUAUUUCGAAGAAAUAAAAUACAUUCAAUUAGGGGAAAAAUUGACCAACACGUUCGAAAUAUACCAAAAUUGGGCGAAACACAAAACUUCCUAAAAAUCAACCAUUUUCGUUUUAAAAUUCAAAUAGUCAGCAUGUAUGCACUGAAAAACUAAUUUAUAAAAAACUGAUAUUGCCAAAUAAACUCAGGGAGGUAAUGGCUAUUUAAGUCUCUAGGUGUUGACCAUUUCUCUCCCUAAAAGCUCCAGCAUGCUACUGGACACUUUAAAUAACCCCAUGGCAUGUUUCUGUGACUAUUCUUUGGACAUCAUGUUCAACAUUGAUUUUAAACUCUUGGAUUGUAUUUGGGUUGUUUCUGUAGACUCUGUCUGUAAAAAAAUACACACCAAAAAUCCCAAAAGGUAAUAAUUGAAGGGGUUCAAAUUAGGGGCAAUGUGGUGACCAUCCAUUUGUAAACUUUCGGCUCCUGAAGCGUUUCUUCUCUAACCUUUCUUACAACGACACAAGCGUGAAUGUCGUGGUUUUACCUUCCUUGUCUUGAAACUAGAACACCCCUGAACCUUAAUGCUUUUUUAAUAGAAAUAACAUUUUGUGUUUUUAUCCGAUAGUGGUUGACAUUUCUUAAUUUGAUAUUUCUUGAACAAGUUAAUUUAUUUCCUUCACAUUCACAAACUUGAUGUCCCCCUGGAUGAAUUUCAUUCGUUCAAAAUGUUGUUGAAAUUAAAGAGGAGAUGGCCUAGUUAUUGCUAUUUAGGUGGGUACUAUUUUUUUAGACACCCUGUACCUCAGACUAAGUUAUGCUUUUUAUGUCACGUGAAAUAGUUUGACAACUUCAUAGAGAUCUAAUAAAUUAUUGACAAAAUAGCAGUGAAUAAU